ACAUAAACCUGAGUAAAUAGUGUAUGUCGCGAAAUAUGGCAGGGUGAAGUCCCUUCGGCGCAUUCCACCUUAAACAACCGCCUCUUCUUCCUCUUAGGGCAAACCCUAACUCUAUCUCAUCGCCGCCGCCGCUGCCGCCGCCCAUGGAGGAGGCCGAAGAAGAGAGCCGCGACUGGUCGGAGAUGCCGUCGGACGCGCUCUCCGCAGUGCUUGCCAAGCUGGACGUGGCUGACCUCCUGACGGGAGCUGGGCUGGUGUGCCGCGCGUGGCGCCGGCUUACAGCGACCGAUUCCACGCUAUGGCGCCGUGUGGACAUGAGCCACCAUGGAGACCUCCUGGAGACCGAGGAGGCUGAGGCCAUGGCCCGCGCCGCCAUCGACCGCGCCGCUGGCACCGUGGAGGCCUUCUGGGCCGACUCCUUCGUCACUGAUGGCCUCCUCCGCUACCUCUCCGACAGAGCAUUCAAAUUGAAGAGCCUUCAACUCAGUUUGUGCGAUACAGUAUCUAAUGAAGGGCUGGCAGAGGCAAUUAAGGGCUGUCCUCAGCUCGAGGAGCUAGAAAUUACAUUCUGCUCAUUGUUUGGCAACGUGUGUGAGUCAGUUGGCAAAGCUUGCCCACAACUGAAAAGCUUUAGGUUGAACGAGCGCUGGACUAUUCUUCAAAGGGAGUUUGCAGCCUAUGAGGGCAUGGAUGAUGACACAGAAGCAUUAGGGAUUGCUAACAAUAUGCCUGAGCUCCAAUACCUUCAGCUGAUUGGCAAUAACUUAACAAAUGAUGGACUGAUGGCAAUCCUUGACCAUUGCCCCCACAUUCAAUCCCUUGAUAUACGCCAGUGCUACAACAUCCAAAUGGAUGAUGCUAUGAAAUACAAGUGUGCUAGAAUUGGAAAUCUGAAGCUUCCUCAUGACCCCAUCUCUGACUUCAAGUACCGAGCUUACAUUGCCAGCAGUGGGGCUUACUCUGGUUCUGAUUUUGAGGUCGACAUGUACGACGAUCUGCUGGAUGUGGUCACAGAUGAUGACGAUGCUGAAUUUGAUGAUGAUAUGGACGAUGUUGAUGACGCAGGCUCAGAAUCUGCCAUGUAUGAUGAUGUAUUUGAUAUGUGAAGGAACUGUGACCGGGACUGGAUUUCACUGACGCGCAAAGAACCGUUGGCUGAAAUGAUGUGGUAUUUUCCUGUGUUGAAAUUCUGGAUGUUAGGUUCGCUUAUGUAGUCAAUGUUGAGAACUUACGGGAGUUCACCUUAUGUUUGUCUCUUCCUUCUUUCCACCCGUUUAUACCAGAAACUGAUCUACUCUCUUUCUGGGAGACUACAUUGUUCGAUUAUGGCCAUUUUCUGACCUGUAUUGUGCUGCACAUUUGUGACUUGUCAUGGAAUAAAAUUGUUUGUAAAUAAAGUAUGUCUACCAGUGUUUAUGUGAA